AUGUUCUCGCAAUAUUUGGACGAAGAGCACAAUCAUCGAAUAAAUCUCGCAUCGAUUCAGCGAACUCGAGAUCGAGAACAAGGAAAAUGCGUAAAAGAAGCGUAUCUUGAACAGAAAUUGAUCCACAAGAGCUAUCCAAACAUUUUUCUAUCAGAAAAUGGUCAACUUUUAAUACUUGUCAAAGCUAAACAAGCUAAACAAGCUCAAAUGAGUGCCCCACGCUCGGCCACCGAUCGAACAUGGCUGGACACGCACGAAUGCUUUGUGAGCGAGGUUCGCGGAAAAGAGGCUGACGUGAUUUUCGUCGGCGAUGAUCACAUUGCACUCUUGGGGCAGAGUACGUUCUAUCGCGAGAAGAUUUCCCCACUCCAUUGCCUGACAUUCGGGAUUAUUGGGGAUACAAUCGAGAACGUGAGAUGGAGGGUGGAGAACGGAGAGCUUGACGAGGCGUCGGCUAAGAUAAUCGUCCUGUCGAUCGGCUGCAAUGUAGAUGAGCAAUCGGAGUCUGUGGACGGCUUUUCCACCAAACUCGUCACUCUAUCCGAGCUCAUCCGCCAAAAACAGCCGCAAGCGCAACUUUUUGUUCUGAAAAUGCUUCCAUCCGGACGCAACGAUAACCCAGGACGAAAAUUUGCGAGCGCAGUGAAUGAGGGUCUUGACGCAAAACUGAAAGGAAUCGCUACGGUGCUCGAUGUAGAGCCGACUAUUUUGAACAGCGAAGGUCGAAUGGAUAGCCAUCUGAUGUUCGACUUCCGCCACUUGACUCAAGAAGGGAUGCCGCCCUCCACCAAACGCGGCCCUUUGCCCAUCCAUUUUGAUCCAUCAGCGAUACGGGCACGCUAUCUGCCAGAAGUCCGCGGGAUGCCCCGGUAUAGGCAUUUUCUUGGCUCUGCCAACAAACAUCAUCAUCAAGCGUCGGCCAGUACUGGCAUCGAUCGAGCUGAUUAUGUGGCUGAACUGCCGCAGUUGAUACAACCAGCCAGACAAUACCAAGUCUUCCGCGACGAGCAAAACCCAACUCUCGACAUCACACCCGGUGUCACAGCUUUAACAAUUGUGAAAAAACGUCGGAUACGAAAGAACAAGGAGAUCUUACCGUCACUCAAACCAAACGAUAAGAAGAAUGAGAAGCCGAAAGAGAGAUCAGAAACUCUUUCAGAAGCUGUAGAGAAGAAGCGAAACAGUGUAGCGUUAUCGAAUUCGACCUCAUCCGAAGCCAGUAUUCGAUCGUUUACCGGAGUCCGCUUGCAUGAUGAGCUUUCGUCAGCUCCGAGAGCUCGAAACUUUGAAUACUCAAAUGGACAUUUGUUGAAUGGAAUCAAAGAGGAUGCGGAUAGUCUUUCCGUUAAACAACAACCGACAAGAAGCAAAAGUGCUCACGAUAUGUUGGAUGAACCAUUUGAGCCCAUCCCACCAACAACUUCCACUCACAGUCUACGUGACACGAGAGAUAUCGCCAUUCAAACAACAUCAAUGAGCACCCAAACAACUCUGGAUCACUCGGAAACUUCGACUUCGAAUGCGAUUGGAACACAAACAGAAACAAUGCCUAUUUUGAUACAUCCAAGGCGGAGAAGUGAAGCUUACAAUCAACAAUUGCUGGAAGAGCAAAGUGCCUUGAUGGAGUUGAUCGACGAGGCUUUGGAUGAGACGAUUGAUCGCUAUAGUCGACUGCGAGCCAAUCAAAUCAUUGCAAGUAGUGCGAGAAGACAAGCUCAAAUCUGGAAAGACGCGAAAGAGUUCGUGGCGAAAAUCCUGGUGCCUCAAAGUGUCGACAUGGCGAAUAAGGGUCGAGCUCAAAAGCGAACAGCCGCCGAAAUUGUGGCGAAAAUCAAAAUCUAUCCA